AACUGAUAUCCUUUUAGGAACAAAAUUGGGUAGCAAAGGGACACGAGAACUUUCUGUGGGCUUUUUUCCACCUCGUUAAUUUAUCCGACCUGCAAGAAACGAAAAUGGCAAAAACUGCGUUCGGAUGUCAUGAUCUGAUGUUUCCAAUUUCAUACAUAUGAUAUAUAUUCAUAUCUUUCAGUUUCACGGAGAAUUAACCCUAGCUUUGUACUACAUACAAAACAGCUACACAUAUCAACACAGAGGAACAAUGGUGCUGUGGGAGAUCACGUUGGGAACGGCGUAUUUUUUGGGAUUGAAGAGGACAUACAAGCUUGCUCUGAGAAUACAACGACGUCUUGUUGGUCCUAAACGCCCAAAGAUCCGUCAAUUCCUUCAAAGGAAAACAAGAUCCAUAUUUGAUGUGGCACUAAAGGUUCAUCGUGAGGUACAACAAAGAGACAUUGAAGUUGGUAGAAAUCUUGGAUAUUGUCAUCAUAAAGUUAUUUUUGGGGCACCAAAGACGGGUAAGUUUUUUCCAGUAUUUUUGAGAAAAUUUGUUCAUCAAAACAAUCAUGUUUUUAUCGAACCAAGAGAUGCCUUUGGGGAAACAAGACAAAACAUUGCAAUGGGUUCAUUCGAGGGAUUUAAUAUGAGUUUUCAAGAUAUUGAAGCGGGUCGCCCGCUCAAUUCUCGACGCGCGGGCUACACGGGCAUGAAGCCACAAGACCCAACCCAAGCUAUUGCUUCUGGAAUCUUCCAGAUCAAUACUGCUGUCUCUACGUUUCAGAGGCUAGUAAAUACUCUUGGUACCCCUAAAGACACCCCCGAGCUCCGUGAAAAGCUGCAUAAAACAAGACUACAUAUUGGGCAACUGGUGAAGGAUACAUCUGAAAAACUUAAGCAAGCCAGUGAAACAGAUCAUCGUGCUGAAGUUAGUGCCAGCAAAAAGAUAACAGAUGCUAAACUUGCUAAAGAUUUUCAAGCAGUUUUAAAAGAAUUUCAAAAAGCACAACGCCUUGCAGCUGAAAGAGAGACAGCUUACUCUCCUGCUGUUCCUCAAGCUAUUCAUUCCUCACGUAAUGAAGCCGGUGAAGUGGAUGCAAGCUCAGGCAGAAGUCCAGAACAGCAUGCCCUUCUUGUCCAAUCUAGAAGGCAAGAAGUGUUGUUAUUGGACAAUGAGAUUGCAUUCAAUGAGGCUAUAAUUGAGGAAAGAGAUCAGGGAAUACAAGAAAUUCAGAACCAAAUUGGUGAGGUGAAUGAAAUAUUUAAAGAUCUUGCUGUUUUGGUUCAUGAACAAGGAACUAUGAUCGAUGAUAUUGGGUCAAACAUUGAGAACUCUCAUGCUGCAACUUUACAGGGAAAAUCCCAUCUUGCUAAAGCAUCAAAGACUCAAAGAUCAAACUCUUCUAUGACUUGCUUGCUUAUGGUGAUCUUAGGGAUUGUGCUUCUGAUUGUGAUCAUAAUACUUGUGGUCUGAUCUUGAAUAUUGGUAAUGGAAGAUUCUGUCUUUUGUUUGUAUAUGUUGAAUUUAUUAUUUCUUGUGAGUUCUUUGCAGGGGUUCUUUCUGCUAAAAUUGAAUUUGUUUUUUUUUUUUUUGGGUUGUGGGGUAUUAAUUUGUUUUAUGGUAUUG